GUCUACAAAAUCGAGACUUAUCUUGAAGCGGAUAACCAGGCUGCGGUAUGGGCCUUGUUGGUUGGCUUCUGCUUCGCUACACCGCCAUUCAAUUACCUCAUCAGUGUUAUUGCACGCACAAGCACCAUCGCCACAUAUAUGAGGGUGGCCGCAUCAAUACUCGGUGGUUUGAUUGGUUCAUUCGUGGUAUCAGUACUCUUCUUCGCGACCAUCGCUCCUUCGGCUGGCCUAAUCAUAAUGUGGAUUCUGAGGAUAUUUCCAACCUAUUCAGUGGCACAAGGCCUCAUCAAUAUCGUCUUCACUGGUCUCGAUAAAUCCUUCUCGGGCGGAUUCGUUCUGAGGCCGUUCGACUCGCAGAUCUUGAGAACCUGUCAUGAUACUACUUUAUACGACAUUAACCGCUCGCCCUUCGAAGUCUGCAUGUUCGUUGCUGGUGAUGAUGUUAUAAUGUUAUUUGUCUAUGGCGUGGUAUAUUUCGGCCUUCUGCUGCUUAUUGACUAUAUGAAAAGCGACGAUAAGUGGAAUCCUGACCGUGAUCUGCCUGUACCCUCGGAGAAGCUUGGUGUAGAGGAUGAGAGAGUGAUAGCGGAGAAGGAUAGAGUAUCGAAGCUCGAUCCUACGACUCAAAUGAUCUACUUCAAGGAUCUCAAGAAAGUCUUCUAUCCGGGAAAGAAAAAUGAGGCAAUGAGGGGUAUCAAUUACGCUUUAGCUGACGGCGGAGUGUUCGGCCUACUCGGAGUUAAUGGUGCCGGCAAGACCACUACCUUCAGAAUGCUUUGCGGUUUGAUAAGACCAAGUUCUGGUCAUAUCAGUCUCAUUGGUCAGCCCCUCCGAGGCAAUGUGCACGAGAUCCGCAAGUCCAUAGGAUAUUGCCCGCAAGAGAACCCCUUGUUGCAAGGCCUUACUGCAAGAGAUCAUCUUUAUAUGUAUGCUCGUAUACGUGGGGUACCAUCUGAUAAGAUUCCACACCACGUCGAAGACCUCGUGAAGAUAUUGAGGCUUGAACACUACAUCGACAAGGAGGCAGUGAAGCUCUCCGGAGGCAAUCAGAGGAAGCUGUGCGCUG